CACAGGGGCACCGGAAUAAGACGCCAAGAACGGAGGUACGCUCCCCUCCCCCCACCUCUCCCGCCCCUCUCAUAUGCCCCACCGCCGACCACAGUAAACCGCCCUUUCCUCCCCGAAACCCUAGUCGGGCCAGCGAUCUCCGUCGCUUUCACGUUUUUUCUCAGCGCACCGCCGCCGUCGUGGCUCAGGGCCCAUCCACUCCCCCAAUCCCUUCGCCGCUCCCGCAAGCUCUUGUCUCUCCCUUCGGCCUACGCCCCAUCACUCGGCAAUCCCAAACCCCAAUCCCCGGUGAGACCUUCCAAUGAAUUCAAUCUUGGUCGAACAGGCCGAUCCACGACGGUCGGAGCGGUUCUUGCGGUGGUCGGAGCGGACAAACGAUUUGGCUUAUAUGCUAUUCAUUGAUUACCGUUCCUUGGUGACCUGGAGUUGUGAAUAAGAGAUCCAAAUAUCCAGCUGAGGUGUAUGAAUUGCCUGACUAUGAGCUUGUUUCAGAACCCUGAGUUUUUCUGAGUGAGAGAGUUACAACAAUGGGAGGAAAUGAUGUUUUUGCUGAUCACAUCAUUGCUGAAUUACUUGAUAUGGGCUUUGAGUUUGCAAAAGCUAUAGAAGCUAUAGAAGCUGUAGGCCCAUGCCUUGAUGAUGCAGUAGAAUUCAUCUUAAAUGGUUCUUGUGAUAGCAAAAUGGCUAAAAAUGGACAGGUUUCAAGUAAUUUUACUAGCUUCACUGGUCAAAGGCAUUCUUUGGGCAAAGGUGUCAUGUCAUCACAUACUUCAAAUAGGAUGAAACAGUCAAGCAUAACAGACCAUAUUCCUUCAUUUGGUAGAACAAAAAGAAGUGUUUCCCACAGUGCUUCUGGCACUUCCUUUUCCGGAAUGAAAAGUUUAAGGUCUAGCAAUUUAGAUCACCAGAAAGUCUCUGAUGUUUGUAUGAAUUCUAAUCUGGAGCCUGCAUCCCAAGCUUUUCAACAAGAUGUGCAAACUCAUGCGCCUCCCAUAGAGUUAAAGGAGUUGGCACAAGAAAAUGGAAGCUUUCAGAGUGAACAGAUUUCACAUUUCUGCAACUUUGAAAAUGAAGACCCUGAAUUGGACUGGGAAAGCAAAGUUAGUAGUAUUUUACGAAAGCAUUUUGGAUUUUCAUUGUUGAAGGGUUUCCAGAAGGAAGCUUUGGAGGCUUGGUUAGCUCGUAGGGAUUGUCUAGUUCUCGCUGCCACAGGAGCUGGCAAGUCUCUCUGCUUUCAGAUUCCAGCAUUAUUGACUGGGAAGAUUGUGAUUGUGAUUUCACCCUUAAUUAGUUUGAUGCAUGAUCAAUGUUUAAAGUUAGCCAAACAUGGGAUAUCAGCAUGCUUCCUGGGAUCUGGACAACCUGAUAAAAGUGUUCAGUGCAAAGCCAUGAAGGGUAUGUAUAGGAUAGUAUAUGUUUGCCCUGAGACAAUACUAAGACUAAUGGAGCCACUUAAAAGGCUGGCAGAAAAUCCUGGGAUUGCACUAUUUGCAAUUGAUGAAGUUCAUUGCAUUUCUAAGUGGGGCCACGAUUUUCGACCUGACUAUGGGAAAUUGUCAGUGUUGAGAGAAAACUUCAAUGCCUGCAAUUUGAAGUUCUUAAAGUUUGAUAUUCCAUUGAUGGCAUUGACUGCUACUGCCACAAUACCUGUUCGCGAAGACAUUAUCAAGUCAUUGCACAUGUCCAAGGAAGCAAAGAUUGUACUGACUUCUUUUUUCCGACCAAAUCUUCGAUUUUCAGUAAAACAUAGUGGGACUACUGCAUCAUCAUAUGAGAAAGAUUUUCAUGAACUAAUAAAAACAUACACUAUGGCAAGGAUGAGUAGGAAGAAAGGAUCGAAACAUGUUUUAAAUGAUGUAGAAGAUGAUUCUAACAGCUCGUGGAAGUCUUCAGAUGAUGGCAUAUAUGAUGAGAAAGGAAAGUUGGUAGCUGAUGUCAAAAGUCUUGAGGAUGAUUACUUUUGUGAAGAUAGUGACAAUGCAAGUUCAGCAAAUGAAGAUUCUAUUGUUCCCUCCAGGGAAAAUCAACUGACAGUUGAAUAUCUGGAAGAUGAGCUAGACUUUCCUCACAGUGUGGAUGAUUUUGAUGUUUCUUGUGGAGAAUUCCUUGGAACUUAUCCAGCUGAGAUCUCUGAGUUUUGUGGGGCAUCUGAGGUAUCUCAUCUUCAAGGCUCUGUAGAACAAGGUCCUACGAUUAUAUAUGUGCCUACCAGAAAAGAAACAGUAAUCUUAGCAGAAUAUCUCUGUAGAUCUGGUGUUAGGGCUGCAGCAUAUCAUGCAAAGAUGUCCAAAACCCAUCUGAGACAUGUCCAUGAAGAAUUUCAUCAAAACUUGUUGGAGGUUGUUGUGGCUACAAUUGCUUUUGGAAUGGGAAUUGAUAAGUCUAGUGUUCGAAGAAUCAUCCACUAUGGUUGGCCACAGAGUUUGGAUGCUUAUUAUCAAGAAGCUGGUCGAGCUGGAAGAGAUGGAAAACUAUCAGAUUGCACUUUAUAUGCUAAUUUAUCAAGAAUACCAUCACUACUUCCUAGUCAAAGAAGUGAAGAACAGACAAAACAGGCAUACAAAAUGCUAUCCGACUGCUUCCGAUAUGGUAUGAAUACUGCAACUUGCCGAGCUAGAGCACUAGUAAAAUACUUCGGGGAAGAGUUUAGUUAUGAUAAAUGCAACUUGUGUGACAUCUGUGUUACUGGGGUUCCUGAAAUGCAAAAUCUGAAGGAGGAAGCAGAUAUUUUUUUGCUGUUUCUCAGAGCUGAAUGCGGGUCUUCAAGUAUUAGCCCUGUAUCACAUGGUGGUGCAGUAUAUAGUGGAUCUGGUAGCAGGAGGUUCAUUGAGAAGCCCAACUUCAAGAUGGUCAUUGCUAAAAUAAGGGAACAGUUCCAUAAGUUUGCUGCAAGUGAUCAAUUAUGGUGGCGAGGUCUUGCACGCAUAUUGGAAAAUGUGGGAUAUGUUAGAGAAGGAGAUACCUUGCCCCACGUUUGUAUACGGUACCCAGAGCUAACGGACUUGGGAUUGCGAUUUCUGCAUUCCGAGUCAGAGAAAACUUUGUAUGCAUACCCUGAAGCAGACAUGUUACUAUCAGUGCAAAAGCACAAGCCAUACGCUUCUUUCUCAGAGUGGGGACGAGGGUGGGCAGACCCUGAGAUCCGGCGCCAGCGACUACGAGGGAAAAAAAUUGGGGCAAGGAAAAGGAAAAGACACUCUAGGAAGCAUCAUCAGGAUCUGAACACAGUCAGAGGAAGGUUAACAGCAAAACUUUCAAAAUGUAAACAUUAAGGGAUAACAGAUGAUUGCUCGAAUUCAUGAUUGUUCCAUUAUUGCUUUAGGAUGUAGAAAGGCAAGAGAGGAUCGAGCACAAGCCUUUUAUCAUUAUAGGUCCAUGGCAUCAUCGAAGGAAGGUGGUUCUUUUACCGUAAUAUAUGUCAAAAAGUGGAAUAUUCCGCUUUGAUCAGUGGCGUGGUGACUGCCACAAAAGCACAACCCUAUUCAAAAAUUUCAUUCAUUGUAUUAUCAAUUUUCAAGUGACAUUUGGCUGAUUUUUUUUCCUUUUUCAUUUCUUCUUCUUCCUUUUUUUUUUUGAAGAAGAAGAAGAAAGUGGGUCAACCUUUUCUGGUUCUUGUAUUGUAACUUUAUAAGAAUGAUUACAGGGAAGUUUUUCUGCAACUGCCAAGCAAAGGGUAGUUGUUUGAUGUUGUAUC